AUGUCCAGCGACUCAAGGAGCUCCAAAACCUACAGUGACACCGAUUCUGGUAGCGACAUUGACCGCAGACACAGCCAUCGCAACCACAGCUACAACCCCAGUUAUGGUAGUAGCCAUAAUCAUGGACAAAGCAAGAGUGGGAGAUCAAGAAGUCACUCUAAGGGUCAUUCCAGACACAGACGUAGCCAUAGACAUCGUGACCACAGGCAUAGAUCAAGGAGCCAUUCGAGACAUGGACGUCGAAGCCAUGGGAGCCGAGAUAGAGACCGUGAUAAAGGCCAUAAAUCUCGCAGGCAUAAAAGCAGGUCUAGAACCCGUCACCACAGAGAUCGCUCUCUUAGUCUUGAUCAUCACUCUAGCCGUCCAGAUUCUAGCAAAUCUUCCAGUCAUCUAAGCAAGUACCGAGAUUCUGAACGAUACAAGCACUCAGAUAGAGACAGGUAUAGGGAUGAAGGUAAUGAUAGAGAUCGCUAUAAAAGCGGACCAAAAGAUGAUAUUAGGAAGGAAGAUUCUGUGUCAGAUACAAAUCAAAACUAUAUUAUCGGGGAUAGUCAAUCGUCUGAAUUAUUGGCAAAAAGGGCCCGACUGGCAAAAUUUCAGCAAUUACAAUUAGAAAUGACAGUAGAACCAUCAGUGGAAACAAGUGAUGUUAAAGUUCCAGAAAAGAAAAGAAUAUGGAGUAGAGUUAAGUCGUUCUUUUCCCGUAAAGAUGGGGAUUCUGGCGAUGCGAAUGAAAUGACAAAUGCUGAUGCAUGCGAAAAUAACAUUGAUACUGAUGAAUCAAUAAACAUAUCAAAGUUUGAAUCCCUCCGAAUCAUCGACAAUAAAUCCCUUCAUAAUUCCAAUGAAAAGACGUUACAAUAUGUGUGCGACGAUGAGCAACUACUUAAGGAUUUUGAAAUUGCAGCCAAAGAGGAUGAGGAAGAUCCUCUUGACGCCUAUAUGGCAACGCUAAACAUCCCAGAAAGUACCAAACCCAAGCAAGUUUCCGUCUCCUGGGAAGAUAUCCAAUGUAUGAUCGCAAAUAAUGUUGUAGAAGAUGAUAAGUCGCGGCACAAUCAACCCGUCCCACAAUCACCCAGAUGCAACACACAAGCAGCGGUGCAAAUAGAUACUACUGGGGUGGGGGACCAGCACUCUGCGCAAGUUACUGAUGAUUCUGGCAUUGGUAACAGCAUUGCCGAUGAAAAAAUUAAUGAAAACGUUGACCCUGGGGAGGAUCUAUUCAUCAAAAUGCUGAAGAGGCCUUUGGAUGAGGACAAACUAGAUAAAUCGGACGAUGAAGAUGACAAGAAGAUCAUAGAAAUACACAAGCAGAGCAAGGUUCAGUUCUAUACGGAAAUCGCUGGCAAGGUCAGGGCCCAAAAGAAACUUGAGCCCAUGGACCCGGCAAUAGCCGCCGCCCUCCCUGCCUUUCAAAAGGAUUUCUACGUUGAGUGUAAGGAGAUAGCUUCAUUAGCGGAUCACGAGAUAUCUUCGAUACGGAAGACAAACGGUAACAUCAAGGUUAGAGGCAAGGGUUGUCCAAGACCAAUAAUCAACUUUGCACAGUGCGGACUGCCAGACGAGGUACUAAAGAUACUAGAGAAGAGAGAUUACGAAAACCCCUUUCCCGUUCAAAUGCAAUGUAUUCCCGUCAUAAUGUCAGGGCGUGAUCUUGUAGGUGUGGCACAAACUGGGUCUGGUAAGACCCUUGCUUAUCUACUGCCCCUAGUGAGACAUGUAAUGGCUCAACCAAAGCUGUUGAUAGGUGAUGGAUGCAUAGCUCUUGUCAUAGUGCCUACUCGUGAGCUUGCAGUGCAAGUCAAUAGGGAGGCAAUGAAGUUUGCUAAGCCAGUGAAAUUGGUGUCUACUGCCGUAUAUGGUGGAGCGGGUAUAGGAGAUCAACUAAAUGCUCUUAAGCGCGGGAGUCAUAUAGUAGUGGGUACUCCCGGUAGGUUGAUAGACGUACUAACGAUUAGCAAUGGAAAAGUUACAAAUUUAAAGCGCACAACCUUCGUAGUGCUAGACGAGGCUGAUAGGAUGUUUGAUUUGGGCUUUGCCCCCCAGGUCCAAGCCAUCAUCGAUAAUACUAGGCCGGAUCGUCAAACAUGCUUAUUCUCCGCUACAUUCCCCUCUGCGAUUGAGAUGUUGGCCAAGAGGAUACUAACCAAUCCAGUAGAGGUUACGGUGGGUAAAAAGGGUGCAGGGGCCAAUAAAGUCGAGCAGCACGUAUUAGUAGUUAAGGAUGAGAAGGAGAAAUUGUUCAAGCUUCUAAAGUUAUUAGGAGAGUGGUACGAACAUGGUAAAAUCAUAAUAUUCGUCAACAAACAGGUGGAAGCUGAUAAUCUAUUUGUGACACUCCUAAAGUAUGGCUACCACUCGUACACAUUGCAUGGAGGGCAGGACCAAACCGACCGUACAUUUACAUUGCAAGACUUCAAGGAUCCGAGAAUUAGAAAUGGAAUCCUAAUCUCAACUUCUGUUGCUUCCAGAGGCCUUGAUGUUAAACAAGUGGUGCUGGUCAUUAAUUACAACACACCAGGGCACCUGGAAGAUUAUAUACACCGUGUUGGUAGGACUGGAAGGGCUGGGAAUGUGGGAGUAGCGUAUACGCUAGUCUUGCCCAGUGAUGCGCCCAAAACCCCAGAUAUAGUUAAGGCCCUAGAAUAUUCAAACCAGCCAGUUCCACAUCAGUUACAAUCUCUCUGUGACGCCCACUUGUUGGCUACCGAAACCAUAACGAGUAUUCCAAUGAAAACUGACAAAUCAAAUAACAUUUCUGCUGAAGUUAAGAGAAGGAAACCCAAGCUAAGUGGUGGAUUUGGAGGUAAAGGGUACAAAUUUGAUCAGUCUGAAAUGUCGCUUCAGCAGAGGCAAAGGAAGGAGGCCACUAAGGUUGUUGAUGAGGAGGUGACUGAAGAGGAAAAUGCCCGUCUUGAGGAAGACAUGACAAUAGAUGCACCAGAGCCGCCAAGGUCAGUAAAACCAACGCCGCAGCCGAAGCACUAUAAUUCGGGUCCGGACCCAACAAUGUUAUACCUGAAUGCAAAUGCAAGCACUGGUGGCAUUAUUGUCGACGAAUUCCAAAUCAACAAAUAUUCGGAGGCUGUGAGAUCCAAAGUGACUAACAGGGAUGUAUUACUAAGGAUAUCAGAAGAUACUGGCACAAGGUUACAAGUGAAGGGUCAUUUCUUGAAUCCGAGCGCGCAAAAUACGAUCGUAUACAGUGGAUUUGUCACUUCUACAUUCGGGUUGAAGCCAUUGUAUGUGGAAAUUAAUGGUCCAUCCCCGCUUCACAUACAGCGUGCCAAGGUUGAGUUGAAGAAUCUGAUUGAUGCCAUAAAUGAGACUACCCCUCCUACAAUUCCGCAAUUUAGGACUCCUGGAAAAUAUUCUGUACUAUAG